AUGGACAAGUUCCGGAUGAUCUUCCAGUUCCUGCAGUCCAACCAGGAGUCCUUCAUGAAUGGGAUCUGCGGCAUCAUGGCACUGGCGAGUGCGCAGAUGUACUCGGCCUUCGACUUCAACUGCCCCUGCCUGCCGGGCUACAACACAGCCUACAGCGUUGGCAUCCUGCUGGUGCCACCCCUGGUGCUCUUCCUGCUCGGCCUGGUCAUGAACAACAACGUGUCCAUGCUGGCCGAGGAGUGGAAGCGACCACCGGGCCGCCGGGCCAAGGACCCCGCCGUGCUGCGCUACAUGUUCUGCUCCAUGGCCCAGCGCGCCCUCAUUGCGCCCGUCAUCUGGGUGGCCGUCACACUGUUGGACGGCAAAUGCUUCCUCUGUGCCUUUUGCACCACCGUGCCUGUGGCUGUGCUGGGCAACAGCAGCCUGGUGCCCAGCCUGCCAGCUCCUGAGCUCGCCCGCCUGCUGGCCCGGGUGCCCUGCCCCGACAUCUACGAUGGUGACUGGCUGCUGGCUCGCGAGGUGGCUGUGCGCUACCUGCGCUGCAUCUCCCAGGCUCUGGGCUGGUCCUUCGUGCUGCUGGCCACGCUGCUGGCAUUCGUGGUGCGCUCGGCGCGGCCCUGCUUCACACAGGUUGCCUUCCUCAAGAGCAAGUACUGGUCCCACUACAUCGACAUCGAGCGCAAGCUCUUCGAUGAGACUUGCACAGAGCACGCCAAGGCCUUUGCCAAGGUCUGCAUCCAGCAGUUCUUCGAGGCCAUGAACCAUGACCUGGAGCUGGGUCAUGCCCAUGGGGCACUUACCACAGUGGCCCCCACAACCUCAGUGACCCCUACCCCCACCCCCGCCCCUGCCGACGGCGCUGAGGAGGAGAGGGAGAAGCUGCGCGGCAUCACCGAUCAAGGCACCAUGAACAGGCUGCUCACCACCUGGCACAAAUGCAAACCGCCAUUGCGGUUGGGCCAGGAGGAGAUGCUGAUGGGCAACGGCUGGGCUGGGGGUGAGCCCCGGCCUCCACGCAAAGAAGUGGCCACCUACUUCAGCAAAGUGUGA